AUGUCUAGUACGUUAAAAUUGAAAUUGUGUUAUUUUACACCAGGAAGUCCUGUGUUUGGAUCCAAGAGAAAAGAAAUAAUUCUGCAAGGACUUGCAGUCACAUCGUCUGAUCCUUGCUCAUCACAGCUUCAAUCUAUUGCAGUCAUAAAACCGCAAGUUAACUGGAUCAACUCCGUCAUUAUUGAUUGUGGUCCAAUUAAAACUUUUCGGAAUGGCAAGGUGAAGCUAAACAAAAAAUCGUCGACAACAAUAGGAUCCUCAGCGACUAUAAAAUGUGAUCCUGGGUAUGAGGCAACUCAAAAGAAAAUCGUUUGCCUAGAAAACGGGAAAUGGCAGAAACCAAGUUGCGAAUUAAAAGAUUGCGGAGCCGUUGAAAAAAUCUCAAAUGGGAAAAUAAACUUGGACGAUGCAUCAACAUCGACAAUUGGGGCAACAGCGACAGUUAAAUGUGACCCGGGCUAUAAGGCAAGCCGGGAAAAAAUUCAGUGCCUAAAAACUGGGAACUGGGGAAAAUCAAGUUGCAAACUAAAAGAUUGCGGAGCCGUUGAAAAUAUCUCAAAUGGGAAAAUUAACUUAGACGAUGCAUCAACAUCGACAAUGGGGGCAACAGCGACAGUUGAAUGUGAUCCGGGCUAUAAGGCAACCCGGGAAAAAAUUCAGUGUCUAAAAACUGGGAACUGGGGAAAAUCAAGUUGCAAACUAAAAGAUUGCGGAGCCGUUGAAAAUAUCUCAAAUGGGAAAAUAAACUUAGACGAUGCAUCAACAUCGACAAUGGGGGCAACAGCGACAGUUGAAUGUGAUCCGGGCUAUAAGGCAAGUCGCGAAAAAAUAAAGUGCCUAAGAACUGGGAAAUGGGGAAAGUCAAGUUGCAAAAUAAAAGAUUGCGGAGUUGUUGAAAAUAUCUCAAAUGGGAAAAUAAACUUAGACGAUGCAUCAACAUCGACAAUGGGGGCAACAGCAACAGUUGUAUGUGAUCCGGGCUAUAAGGCAAGUCGCGAAAAAAUUCAGUGCCUAAAAACUGGGAACUGGGGAAAAUCAAGAUGCAAAAUAAAAGACUGUGGGUCUCCAUUAAAUAUAACAAACGGUAAAUUGCACUAUGACGCAACAACGUUUGGAUCUAUCGCUUCUCUGGUCUGUGAUAGAGGAUAUGAUGGGAACGGGUCAAUAAGCUGCCUUGACACUGGCAGUUGGGAAAGACUACCAAGAUGUUCUAUUAAAGACUGUGGGUCUCCAUUAAACGUGACCAAUGGUAAAUUGCACUAUAUCGCAACGACGUUUGGAUCAACCGCUUCUCUGGUCUGUGAUAGAGGAUAUGAUAGAAACGGUACAAUAAGCUGCCUUGACACUGGCAGUUGGGAAGCACCACCAAGAUGUUCUAUUAAAGACUGUGGGUCUCCAUUAAACGUGACCAAUGGUAAAUUGCACUAUGACGCAACAACGUUUGGAUCAAUCGCUUCUCUGGUCUGUGAUAGAGGAUAUAAUGGGAACGGGUCAAUAAGCUGCCUUGACACUGGCAGUUGGGAAACACCACCAAGAUGUUCUAUUAAAGACUGUGGGUCUCCAUUAAACGUGACCAAUGGUAAAUUGCACUAUAUCGCAACAACGUUUGGAUCAACCGCUUCUCUGGUCUGUGAUAGAGGAUAUGAUAGAAACGGUACAAUAAGCUGCCUUGACACUGGCAGUUGGGAAACACCACCAAAAUGUUCUAUUAAAGACUGUGGGUCUCCAUCUAACGUGACCAAUGGUAAAUUGCACUAUGACACAACUACGUUUGGAUCAAUCGCUUCUCUGGUCUGUGAUAGAGGAUAUGAUGGGAACGGGUCAAUAAGCUGCCUUGAUACUGGCAGUUGGGAAACACCACCAAUAUGUUCUACUAAAGACUGUGGGUCUCCAUUAAACGUGACCAAUGGUAAGUUGCACUAUGACGCAACAACGUUUGGAUCAAUCGCUUCUCUGGUCUGUGAUAAUGGAUAUGAGGGAAACGGUACAAUAAGCUGCCUUGACACUGGCAGUUGGGAAACACCACCAAGAUGUUCUAUUAAAGACUGUGGGUCUCCAUUAAACGUGACCAAUGGUAAUUUGCACUAUGACGCAACAACGUUUGGAUCAAUCGCUUCUCUGGUCUGUGAUAGAGGAUAUGAUGGAAACGGGUCAAUAAGCUGCCUUGACACUGGCAGUUGGGAACCACCAAGAUGUUCUAUUAAAGACUGUGGGUCUCCAUUAAAUGUAACCAAUGGUAACUUGCACUAUGACGCAACAACGUUUGGAUCAAUCGCUUCUCUAGUCUGUGAUAGAGGAUAUGAUGGGAACGGGACAAUAAGCUGCCUUGACACUGGCAGUUGGGAAACACCACCAAGAUGUUCUAUCAAAGACUGUGGGUCUCCAUUAAAUGUGACCAAUGGUAAGUUGCACUUUGACGCAACAACGUUUGGAUCAACCGCUUCUCUUGUCUGUGAUAGUGGAUAUGAGGGAAACGGUACAAUAAGCUGCCUUGACACUGGCAGUUGGGAAACACCACUGAAUUGUUCUCUUAAAGGUCCUGAAUGUCCUGGAGGAUGGAUCAGAUUUGAAAAUAAUUGUUAUCUGGGUGUAUUCACAAAGGCGACAUGGGAAAAUGCCAAAAAUGAUUGCGAAUCAAAAGAUGGAUACCUUGUUGAAAUCACCUCUACCUCUGAAAACAAUUUUGUUAAGACGGAGCUCGAUGUUAAGUAUUUUUGGAUGGGAAUGAACGAUAUAAAUGAGGAAGGUACAUUUGUGUGGGAAUAUUCAAGAACAUUAUUUGACAAAUACAUAAUAGGCCAUAAGAUUGACUAUAAUAGUCCUAACGAAGAUUGUGUCUACUUUCUUAACACUGACUUUUGGGCUGCAUUUGGAUGUGGAAACACAAAGGAGUAUGUGUGCGAAAUGUCACUCUAUUAACAAAGGAGCUUACCAGGAAAAAGAAUUUAACAAGAUGUACUCGCAAUCAAUCGUUUAUUGGUUGUUUCAUGCUUUUCAAAAAUGAAUUGAUUCAAACCAUGCAAUUUCAUCAAAUAUUGAAAUUAUAUAAAUAAUAAAGUACGUUCUAAUAGAAUGGGUGUUGUUUAUUUACCUAAGAUGGCAUUUGAACCUAGGUACUGGGAAUUGAUGUAAUUAUAUAUCCAAUUAAAAGUAAUUUUUUCUGAAAGGUCAUGGUGAUAUUAUUUAGUCAGAGUCCCUGUUGUUGAUACAAAGUAAAUGUACAACUUAUGAGACAUUGUUUGUGUUAAAUAUCUUUAAAAUUUCAUACUAUCGAAAUAUUAUAUAAUGUCUUUUUACAUUUACUAAUGUUCUUACUUGAACACAAGGUAAAGCUAAGAUCUUAUGAGACGUAGAUAAUGCUACAAGUAGCCAUAGAUAAAGAUAUCGGGCAUACUAAAGGUAACACGAAGCAUAUAUUAUUCUUACAUGAGACCUUUAUUAAAAAUAAUUUGAGCUAAUGAUAACGCUAAUGUGAGUCCACGAUAAAACAACAUCAGUACUUGAAUAAAAGACUAAAAACCCAUGAAUUCUUCACACGAGACACUAAUUAGCUGCGUCACGUCAAAACCAACAUAAUGGGUUUACGACCAGCAUG